AUGUUGCGACUUGGAGAGCAAGCUCUGCGAAGGGUGGGCCGCCGCAGCGCCGCACGAGCAUUCCGUGGGCUGACUGCAGCCUCCAGACCAAAAUCCAGCCUCGCCACCACGCAACAGGUCAUCCCGACCUUGCCGCCGCGGGGUUUUGAUGACCCAGGCAAGACGGGCGCCUCGCGUAGCAACUGGGAAGAGUGGAUGGUCAACCUGCGUGGAGAGGACGCGUGGCUUGCCGGGCCCAGAGACUUGUCCUGGUACACCGGGAAGCCGCCCGUGCCUGGGCUUUGUCCUGGUGUGUCCCCAGAUGGAGCCCUGCGGGCGCUGCCCAUGCCCAAUCUCAACCAGGUCACCAGGAAGCAAGUCCAAGAGUACUUCGACAACUCCUGGACACUGGUCGAGGUGUUGUUCGCCGGCUUCCAUGGUGAGGAGCCUUUCUACAGGCCUCCUGUGCACGGCCUCCGGCAUCCUCAAAUCUUCUACUAUGGGCACACUCCCUGCUUCUACGUCAAUAAGCUGCGGGUGGCUGGAGUGCUCCAGGACCCUGUGGAUCCGUACAUGGAGUCCGUCAUGGAGGUUGGAGUGGACGAGAUGCUAUGGGAUGACAUGCACAAGAAUGAUAUGGUCUGGCCCACAGUGAAGGAGGUCCAGGAGUACCGGAAGAAAGUGUACAAGGUCGUCAGCGAUGUCAUCGCCGCUCACCCUGACCUUGAGGACCAUAAUGGAACUUCGCCGGUGAAGAUUACCUGGGAUCACCCAUUGUGGGCUAUCUUCAUGGGAGCGGAGCAUGAAGCGAUCCACCUCGAGACCUCUUCGGUGCUCUUCCGGGAGACGCCCAGCCACCUCAUGCAGGUCCCUGCAGCCUGGCCUGCGCUGCACCCUUCAAGCAUGCAAUCUGGUCGAAGCUCCGAACCGAAGGUGGGAGAGGACUUUCCAAAGAACGAGAUGCUGACUGUCAAGGGUGAGGCUGUGAAUCUAGGCAAGCCGCGUGACUUCCCCAGCUAUGGCUGGGACAAUGAGUACGGCCAUCGCAGGGUGCAGGUGGCGGACUUCGCCGCAAGCAAGUACCUGAUCACAAACGGCGAAUUCUGGCACUUUGUGGCGGGCGGCGGGUACCGAACUGAGAAGUAUUGGUCGGAGGACGGAUGGAACUGGCGGAAGUACCGGAACAUGAAGUGGCCCUUCUUCUGGAAGCAGGAUGGGCCGCAGGGAUCUAUGCAGUUCAAGCUCCGCACCAUCUUCGAGGAGAUCGAUAUGGUCUGGAGCUGGCCCGUCGACGUCAACUACCAUGAGGCGCGCGCCUUUUGCGCUUGGAAAUCCGAGCAGGAUGGUUUGGCUGGCAGCCCUGAAGCGUACAGGGUCAUCACAGAGGCCGAGCAUCAGUUAAUUCGGCAUCCGGAGGCGCGCACUGAGAACAUGGCCUCCACGGCCUACGACCGGGCCAUGCAUGCAGGCGGUGAAGAGUAUGCUCUUUCUGGCCCAAAUGCUGCCAAUGCCAACCUAACCUAUGCCUCUCAGUCUCCAGUGGACGCACUUCCGGCUUCCCCCACGGGACACCACGAUGCCAUGGGCAACGUUUGGGAAUGGACAGAGGACCAUUUCAACCCGCUUGAUGGUUUCAAGGUCCACUAUACCUACGACGACUUCUCCACACCGUGCUUUGAUGGGCGACACCACAUGAUCAUGGGCGGAAGCUACAUCAGCAAGUCGGACAAUGGCGCCUCGGGGUUCUGCCGGUACCACUUCCGGCCGCAUUUCCUCCAGCACUCCGGCUUCCGGCUGGUUUCGUCCUCCUCGCCUGCACCAGCCACGAAAUUAGAUGGGUCCUUCAUGCAGACCGCCAACGCGGAACAGGCACCGUCGGCACCUUCGCCCUCGGCUGCCGCUGCGGGUACCGGCGCCGCCGUGGCAGGCUCUGGCGGCUACGAGACGCAGCGGCUGGUGGAUCAGUACCUCGGGCUUCACUUCCCUUCUUCGCACGGCGCUGUCGAUCCGAUCCUGGGCCAUCCAUCAGCUCCGGAGCAUGCGCUGCGUUUCCCGCAGCGUGUCGCCAAGAUGCUGGUAGAGGCCGCCGUGACUGGCAAGGCCGGUGGCAGCCUCCGGGCUCUGGACAUCGGGUGCGCAGUGGGUGGCUCCUCCUUUGAGUUGGCCGCCGGCGGUUUCGAUGAGGUCUUGGGCAUCGACUUCAGCAGUGCUUUCAUCAAUGCGGCCAACAGGAUGAAGGAUGCUGAGGAAAUUCGCUUCAAGCUGCCCCUUGAGGGCGAACUCGAGACCGAAAUCACAGCGGCACAUGAACCGAAUGUCGAUGCAGCAGUGCGACAGCGGGUUACAUUCCGCACCGGUGAUGCCUGCAGGCUGAAGGAUCAGGUGGACGAGCUGGGCCGAUUUGACGGGGCUUUGCUGGCAAACCUGCUUUGUCGGCUGCCGGAUCCCGUAGCAUGCUUGGAUGGCCUUGCUGCCUUGCUCCGCCCGGGUGCAGCAGCCGUGAUCCUGACGCCUUUCUCCUGGCUGGAGGAUUUCACGCCGAAGUCGAAAUGGCUCGGUGGAUUCGUGGAUCCCAUUACCCAGACACCGGUGAGCUCCAAGGACCAGCUCCAGAGACUCAUGGAAGAGCGCGGCUUCAAGAAGAUCGGCGACCAGCAGGUGCCCCUCCUCAUCCGCGAGCACCAGCGCAAGUACCAGUACAUCGUAUCGGAAGCCACCAUCUGGCGCAAGAAGUAA